UCCAUCAGGCCCUCUGGUAAAAUAGUGGAGGGCAGUUCAGUGACUCUGACCUGCAGCAGUGAUGGAAACCCACCUGUGGAAUAUACCUGGUAUAAAGGAUCAUCAUCAGUAGCAACAGGAAAGACCUUCAAACUGAACAAGAUCAGCUCUGUGAACAGUGGAGAAUACAAGUGUAGAUCCAGUAAUAAACAUGGAGAGAAAUACUCUGAUACUGUAACUCUGAAUGUUCUGUAUCCUCCAAAGAGCGUCUCAGUGUCCAUCAGUCCCUCUGGUAAACUAGUGGAGGACAGUUCAGUGACUCUGACCUGCAGCAGUGAUGGAAACCCACCUGUACAGAAAUACACCUGGUUUAAGAAGGUAGAUAAAGACGUUCAGCAGAAAUGGACCGGUCAGAUCUACAGCAUCACAAACAUCAGAUCUGCAGACAGUGGAGAAUAUCAGUGCAUGGCAACCAACACACAAGGGUCUCAAUCAUCAGAGUACAAAACAUUAACUGUUCAACGUUAGUUCUCUAUCUUUGUUUCUAAUGUAUAAAUUAGACAAUUUCAUCUCUGUAUGUUAAGAUGCUCUACAUUGUUAUUUUUUUCUAGAUCCUCCAAAGAGCGUCUCAGUGUCCAUCAGUCCCUCUGGUAAAAUAGUAGAGGGCAGUUCAGUAACUCUGACCUGCAGCAGUGAUGGAAACCCACCUGUGGAAUAUACCUGGUAUAAAGGAUCAUCAUCAGUAGCAACAGGAAAGACCUUCACACUGAACAAGAUCAGCUCUGUGAACAGUGGAGAAUACAAGUGUAGAUCCAGUAAUAAACAUGGAGAGAAAUACUCUGAUACUGUAACCCUGAAUGUACUGUGUGAGUGCUUCUUUACUUGUUGUAGUUAUUGAUUUUAUUUAGUAUCUUGUUAUAACAGCUCGUUACUUUAAAGGGUCUGUGAUGAUACUCUCAAUUCUUGUUUUUCUAUGU